AUGUUAUAUUCCAUUCGGGAGACUGAUGCAGAAGCUAAUUUGUCUUCAGAUUCAUAUACAGCAAGGAAAUCUCUAAAUUCUGAUCUUUAAAAAAAAUCUUAUAGUAGAUCAUUACCCAGACAAUAACAAAACUUGGAUUAAGAAAUAUAGAAAUUAAACGAUAUCAUUGUGCAGUUGAGGAAGGUCGAAUAGCUGUUGCUCAAUCAGGUUUAGGAUUUGAAAAUUGAGUUAGAGGAGCAAUUUAAAAAUUCGAAUAGGAAUUAGAAAUACAUUGAUGAAUUAAAUAAGGAACUGUAGCAAAUGUCUGAUAAAUUGCAUAGUGAAAUAAUGCACAAUGGCUAAUUACAGAAGAUAAACAUCGAAUUGAAAAAAACCAUAUUAAAAUUGGAAUAAGAAGUAAUCACAACAAAUAAAUUAAAUUAAGAUACGUCGGAAGAAUUGCAAAUAUUGAAAUCUAAAUAUUCCCAUGAACAUAAAUUUAUAGAAUCUCUUUUGCAUAUGGUGGUUAGUUGCCAUCCAGACAAUUCAUUUCGAGAACAACCUUCACUCAAACAGACCUGGAAGUGGCUCAAGUUGAUACUGGCUGAUUAUAUGACUCUCAAACAACAGAGUAGGAACUUUCAAGAAAACUCUGGUUAAAGUUCAAGUUCAACUAAUAAAUGA